GUGCCAAAGGACAGUGCCGCCGGGUGAGUGUGUUGUGUUGUGUCCCGCAGUUGUCCGCAAGCAUCUAGCCGGUCUGGACACACAACGGCAGACGACGACACGCGCACGCACACGACGCAGCCCCUUCCCACCAGGACCCACGGCUGCUCCUCCUGUGGUGGUUGUGUUUGGGUGACAGUUUUCCAUUCCCUUUUUCCCCCCCGAGUUUUCCGAAAUUGUUGAAGCGAGAGAGAGAUAGAGAGAGAGAGAGUGAGAGAGUGAGAAAGCGCAACCGAUCAAAUCAAACGUGUGGCAACGAUCAACGGCGCUGGGCGUGACCGACGAUCAACAAACGACCCCCGUUCCGCCCGUCCAGGAUAUGUUGCGGGUGGCUCGUGUGCAGGUGUGAGUGAGUGUGUGUAUCUCGAAGCAAACGAUAGUGCACGUGUGUGUGUGUGUGUGUGGUGACGAGGCAAUGGUGGCGAACCGACGGCUGCUGCUGGCGGGCGGGCUGCUCUGCCUGUUCGCCCUGCUGCUGGUGGUGGGCGAGGCGGACGGGUUCCGGCUGCGCGAGCACGGCCAGGAGGAGGGGCUCGCGGUGGUGAAGCGCAAGGUAGCGGGCCGCGGCAAGGGUGACGCACCGUGGUCGGCGGUGACGCGCAAACCCUGGCCAGUGAAGGACGAUGACGACGAGGAUGAGGAGGAUGAGGAGGACGAGGAGGAUGAGGAGGAAACGGAGGAGCAGGCCGCGAUCCGGCGAGCGACCCAGCAGCGGCUGCUCCGCGCCCGGCACGGGCUGAAGAGCCGCGACAAGCGCCCGGCGGCCAGCGAACGGAGGGAGACGGUGCGCGGUCGGGGAGAUGCCGCCGCCGCCGCCGCCGCCGACAACGACGACGACGACGAUGAGGAUGAAGUAGCCGAAGCCGAGCCGCGCUCUAUUUUUAACCUGUUCGGGUUGCUUGGCUCGAGGCAGCGCACCGGCAGCGAAGACGAGCGACGAACCGCCGACGGUGACGACGACGAUGACGAUGACGAGAAGGAGACGCGCCAGCACCCGAAGGAGAAGCAGCGGGAGACGGUGCGGACCGCCCGGAAGGGGCAGGAGCCGACCGACGAGGCGAGCUGGCUGGAAGGGUUGAAGCGCGCGCUCGAAACGGUGCUAAAGCCGGCGGCCGACGGCCAUGCGGCGCAGGAGGAAGCGUCGGACGGUGGGCUGCUGCGGUGGGUGCAGUCGUUCCGUGCCGAUGCCGCCCGGAAGGAGCAGGACAACCCGAUCAUCAACCUGCUCGCCAGCUGGCUCGCCUCGGCGGACGGCGGGGCCGACUCGCAGGAAGAGAUUCGCUUCCGGCCCAUCGGCUCGUACGCCGACGACGGUGAGGCGGACGCGGACGACGGCCACACCCGGCCCAAGCAGCGCGGCCGGCCCAGGACCGCGCCCGACUCGAAGCUGGUCCAGCUGCUCAACCACAGCCCGAUCGCGGCCCUCUUCCAUCCCGCCGAGCUGCCGGCCGAGCCGCCGGUCGAGGCGGGCCCGAAGCGCACCAAGCGGUCGGCCGCCGACGGGCCGGCCCGGGUCGUGAAGCAGCGCAUCGCCAUCUCGCCGGAGGACUUCGAGCAGCUGCUGCUGCGCGUGCCCUCCUUCGUGCCGGACUACACGCGGGUCCGGGGGGCCGAGUGCCGCCGGCAGGGCGAAAUCUUCGAGCGGCAGCUGCGCGGCAAGCGGCUCUGGGCGCUGCAGAUGAUCGAUGCGAGCGCGCGGCUCGCGUCCGGGCUGCUGCGCGGCAACGCCAACCAGCUCGGCGACUUCGACCUGUGCACCGGCAUCGCGACGCGCGUGCGGGUGCGCGAGGACGAGCUGGUGCGGCUGCGCGGCAAGUACUGUCUCGCGCACGUGGACGUGGUGGCGGAGGAUGCCGAGCUGCGCGUCCCGGUGCAUCUGCUCCAGGGCGGCGGGUUCGUCAAGAGCACGCUCAACGAUCCGGACCACUUCCUGCCCCGCUUCACCACGAUCAACUGGGGCAUCUGUUUGCCGGCCGCCUGCUCGUUCGAGGACGCGGGCAGCAUCGUGCAGCACUUCGUGCGGCCGUACAACUCCACCGGCAUCAAGCUGUUCCUCGAGCUGGAGGAGGCGAACUGUCACGUCCGCCAGGUGCGCACCUGGUCCCGGCUGCUCAAGGACCACUGGCAGCUGGUAGCCGUGUUUGGUUUCUACACGUUCGUGGCCGUGGUAACGCUGGUCGCGACACUCAACGACUACGAAAUCUUCAUCAAGAUUGAGCCACCGUCCGCGCAGGACUCGCCGCUCGAUCCGCCCGAGCGCCGCACGACGAACGCGUUCCACCAGACGCUGAUGGCGUUCUCGCUCAAGCAGACGCUGCCGCAGCUGUUCGGGGCGGCCGGCGGAGCGUCCGACGACCAUCUGCCCUGCCUGGACGGGCUGAAGGCGCUGGCCGGCGCUGCCCUCUUCCUAGCGCUGCGGCUCGUCCCGCUCGGCUACCAGCCGUUCACCAACCGGAACGAGUUCACCGACAGCUUCAACGCACCGUGGAGCGUCGCGGUCCGGCUGCUGAUGCUGUACGCGGACGUGUUUCUGGUGGUGAGCGGCUUCCUCGCCGCCUACCGCAUGGUGCGGGAGUACCGCGAGCGGGCCCGCGUCUCCUGGUUCAAGCGCAUCGCCGGCCGGUACCUCAGGCUGGUGUUCCCGCUCGUGCCGGUGCUGAUGUUCUACGCCUGGGUCUGGGAGCAUCUCGGCAGCGGACCGCAGUGGGGCGACGUGGUGACGAAGAACGCGAACCUCUGCAAGCACGGCUACCUCAGCAAUCUGCUCUUCAUGCACAACUGGUACCCGAUCGAGGAGACGUGCGCUCCGCACACCUUCCAGCUGGCGAUCGAGAUGCAGCUGAGCGUGCUGGCCCCCUUCCUGCUGGUGAUACUGGUGCGCAGCCCGUUCUACGGGACCGCCGCCUACGUCCUGCUGAGUGCGCUCUCGACCGCGAUCCGCUUUGCCGCGACGACCGAGGACCGGCUGGCCCCGUACGUGUUCCACGGCGUCCGGCUCACGCAGCUCUACCGCACGCUCAACCUGUCCUGCGCCGAGACGCUGCACCGCCUGACGCCCUACCUGGCCGGCUUUGGGCUCGGCUACCUGCUGCAGGAGGUGGGCCGGUCGCGCCCCGAGCGCGGCGUCCGGUACGCCGGCUGGCUCGGGGCCGCCGUCGCCCUGCUCUGGUGCGUCUGCUUCCCGCUCGACAUCGUGCGCAAGGACUUCCGGUACGAGCCGGCCGAUGCGGCCCAGUUUGCCGCGCUCGCACCGCUCUCCUGGUCGGUCGGCCUCUGCUGGACCAUCUACUACUGUCUGGCCGAGCCGGCCAGCCUGCUCAACCGGCUGCUCAGCUCCCGGCCGCUGGUCUGCCUCGGGCGGCUCACCUACUCGCUCACGCUCGUGCAGUUUCUCGUGUUCUUUUACUUCGCCGGCACGACGCGCGGCACGAGCGUGUUCAGCUUCGCCGGGUACGUGAACCGGGCGGAGGUGUGCAUUGCGCUCGGAGCGGCCCUCGCCCUCACGCUGCUGUUCGAUCUGCCCAUCCAGAACGUGAAGCGGCUGCUCGACCAGUACGGCGUGUUUGAAGGGCUGGAGGUGCGGCCCCCGGUGCAACCGCAGCAGCAGCCGGAACCGGCGGUUGAGGACGAGCCGGUGGCGGAGGCGGAGCCCGAGAAGAGUGAACCGACGGAGGGAGCGGCGUCGGAGGGAGCUGCACCGGAGCAAGCGGACUUUGUGAGCCCGUUCGACGACCAGGAGGAGGAAGAUGAGGGCCUCUGGCUGCGCAAGCGUGCGGCAGCGCCGGUGGAGCAGCCGACCGCUCCGGAGGAGGACUUCUGGGCGCAGAGCUCCGAGCCGGAGGUGCAGCAGGAGGCAGCUCCGAAGGAGAGCGUUGCGGAGCCCGAAUCACCGUUAGCGACGAACCCGCCCGACCAGGAGGAAGAGCCUGAGCAGGAAGAGGAGGAGGAAGAGGAGGAAGAAGAGGAAGAGGAAGAAGAGGAGGAGGAGGAGGAGGAGAUCGACGAGGAGAAGGAGGUGAAGCGACGCCCCGCCACCAACGGGGCCAGCUGGUCCCGCCUGUAGCACCACAGCAGCGCCGCGACGACGCCAACGCAAUGUAAAGAACGAACUUUAUUUAACUAAAAGACAACGACAACCGUUCAA